AUGUUUUUUUCAUUCCUGUUUGUGAUCUCGAUUCGUCCGGUCCGUUAGCUCGUGUUCUCUCCAAUUUCCAACUUUGUGCGACUCGUCUGAACAUGUCUGCGAAAGAAAAAACCGCAAAAUUGCCCAAGAAGGCCGGCGGAUCGCCAGCAAAGCCGGCGAUGCUGACAAAAAUCGUGGCCGCUUUGAUCAAAUCCGAGCUUAAAGAAAGGGUCAUGAAAACCAAAGGGAUGGCAAUCGUCCCGUCCAUCUCGAACUGGAUCGAGGCAAAGUGGGUCGACAAACCCGCCAAGCACCUGCUCCGUUCGAGUGUCGAGCGCGGAAUCCAGAACGGCGUGCUGCAGCGACCAAACAACGCACGCACUGGCCUCAACGGAUCGAUCAAAAUACAUCCGAAGUUUGCGAAGCUGCUGGCCGAUCGGGGCACUUCCGGGGACAAUCCGAAGGAGGUCGCAAAUGCCAUCGCGGCGUUCAACAAGCGCUCUCCGUCGCCCGAACCGGAGGCACCGAAGCCGAAGAAGAAAGCAGCUGCCGCCACGGUGAAGAAGCCAAAGGCCGACUUCCCGGUGGCUAAGAAGAAACCGACGGCAGGAGCCGGAACCGGCAAGAAGCGGCUGGCCAAGGCUCAGGAGGACGAACCCAAGGCGAAGAAAGCCAAGAAGUAGCCGCUCGGCGACAAUGACUCUGAGAGGACAAUUUUUGGUUAAUUCUUUUUUUUUUUUUUCGUUGUUAUUUCACGCUCCGGCCAUUCGCAAAAGUGAAUCGAGAAGCCGCGAAGUGUUCGUUGAUUGAAAUCGUUUUAGAGAUAAAUAAACGCAGCUGCAAUUUUUGGACGAUUAUCAUUAAA